CUACUUCCACGUCGGCGUUUUCAUGUUGUCGGCAUAAAAACAACCGAUUUAUUUCCACAUUUUGUGCCGUAUUUCGAUAGGUCAUCCAUAAACUGACUUGUUAUUUGGAAACGUAAUAUGUUAACGAAGUUCGAAACGAAAUCUGCGAGGGUGAAAGGUAUUUCCUUUCACCCGAAGCGUCCCUGGGUUCUUGCAAGUCUCCACAACGGUAUUGUGCAGCUAUGGGAUUACCGCAUGUGUACUCUGAUUGACAAGUUUGAUGAGCAUGAUGGUCCCGUCAGAGGCAUUUGUUUCCAUCAGCAGCAGCCGCUGUUUGUCUCGGGAGGAGACGACUAUAAGAUCAAGGUUUGGAACUAUAAGCAGAGGAGAUGCAUCUUUACAUUGCUGGGACAUCUCGAUUAUAUCAGGACGACCACAUUUCACCAUGAAUAUCCAUGGAUCUUGAGUUCAUCCGACGAUCAGACAAUCCGCAUCUGGAACUGGCAGUCAAGAAGCUGUGUCUGUGUUUUGACGGGGCACAGCCAUUAUGUGAUGUGUGCCCAGUUCCACCCAACCGAAGAUAUGGUGGUGUCAGCAUCUCUGGAUCAAACCGUGCGAGUUUGGGACAUCUCUGUUGCAGUUCAGAAAUUCUCUGGCUUGAGGAAGAAGAACGUGUCACCUGGACCUGGUGGCUUGGAGGACCACCUGAAGAACCCCAAUCAGACGGACCUGUUCGGCACCUCUGAUGCGAUUGUCAAGCAUGUCCUGGAAGGUCAUGACCGUGGAGUGAACUGGGCCUGCUUCCACCCAACGCUGCCAUUGAUUGUCUCGGGGGCAGAUGAUCGACAGAUCAAGCUGUGGAGAAUGAAUGAGAAAGGUAACCAAGAGUGCCCCAAAGGGUUGGGCCCUGAAACCUGGGCGAGGAGAGAGGCGAAAGCUUGGGAAGUGGACACCUGUCGCGGUCAUUACAACAACGUAUCAUGCGCCAUCUUUCAUCCUCGUCAGGAACUGAUUGUCAGUAACUCGGAGGAUAAGAGUAUUCGUGUGUGGGACAUGUCCAAGAGAACUGGUGUGCAGACGUUCAGACGUGAACAUGAUCGCUUCUGGAUUCUCGCCGCCCACCCGACUCUCAAUCUGUUCGCCGCUGGUCACGACAACGGUAUGAUCAUCUUCAAGCUGGAGCGCGAGCGGCCUGCAUUCGCCGUCAACCAGAACAUCUUGUACUAUGUAAAGGAACGGUAUCUGAGGAAGCUGGACUUCACCACGUCCAAGGACACGGCCGUUAUGCAGCUCAGAGGUGGCUCACGGACUCCUGUCUUCAGCAUGUCCUACAACCCGGCUGAGAAUGCUGUCCUCCUCUGCACGAGAGCGGGCAAUGUUGAGAACAGCACAUAUGACUUGUAUCAGAUUCCCAAGUCUUCAGAUUCACAGAACCCAGAUGGCCUGGUGCCUUUUGGACAGUCACCAGAUAAAUCAUCCCCUGAGGGGAAGCGCUCGUCGGGCCUGACGGCUGUUUGGGUCGCAAGGAACAGAUUUGCCGUUCUUGACCGAACACAUACAAUUGUGAUCAAGAAUCUGAAGAAUGAGAUCACCAAGAAGGUGCAGGCCCCCAACUGUGAGGACAUCUUCUACGCCGGUACUGGCUGCCUCCUACUCAAGGACAGUGAUGGCAUUACACUGUUUGACGUCCAGCAGAAAAGGUCUCUUGCCAGUGUAAAGGUGACCAAAGUGAAGUAUGUGGUCUGGUCAGCCGACGUCCAGUUUGUGGCUCUGCUCAGCAAGCACGGCAUCACAAUCUGUAACCGCAAGAUGGAGAACCUGUGUACCAUUCAUGAGAAUAUCCGUGUGAAGAGUGGUGCGUGGGAGGAGUCUGGCGUGUUUGUCUACACGACCAGUAACCAUAUCAAAUAUGCUCUCAUCAAUGGAGACCACGGGAUCAUCCGUACCCUGGACCUGCCCAUCUACAUCACCAGGGUGAAAGGCAACAGCAUCUACUGCUUGGACCGCGAGUGCCGCCCCCGUGUCCUGGGAAUCGAUCCCACUGAGUUCAAGUUCAAGUUGGCUCUCGUCAACAGGAAAUAUGAUGAGGUUCUGCACAUGGUGCGCAAUGCCAAGUUGGUCGGCCAGUCAAUCAUCGCCUACUUGCAGAAGAAGGGCUACCCAGAGGUGGCGCUACACUUCGUUAAGGACGAGAAGACACGGUUUGGACUUGCCUUGGAGUGUGGCAAGAUCGAUAUUGCCCUUGAUGCGGCGCGUGCCCUCGAUGACAAGAACUGUUGGGAGAAGCUGGGAGAGGUGGCGCUACUGCAGGGUAACCACCAGGUGGUCGAGAUGGCCUACCAGCGAACCAAGAACUUUGACAAGCUCUCGUUCAUCUACCUGAUCACAGGCAACCUGGAGAAACUCAAGAAGAUGAUGAAGAUCGCUGAGAUCCGUAAAGAUACGAGCGGCCACUUCCAGAACGCUCUCUUCCUUGGUGACGUGUCGGAGCGAGUGCGCAUCCUCAAGAACUGUGGACAGAAGGCGCUGGCAUACCUGACGGCUGCCACGCACGGUCUUGAUGACGAGGCGGAGGAACUCAAGAACCAGUUUGAUUCGCAGAAGGAAAACCUACCUGAAGUGUUCCCCGGUGCCACCCUGCUGCAGCCACCACCACCUAUCAACCAGCAGGAGAGUAACUGGCCGCUGCUGACCGUCACCAAGGGAUUCUUCGAGGGUGCCAUGGCUGCUCGCGGGGCAGCGACAGGCGUGUCGGCCAUGACAGCUGUGGCAGGCGGUGACGAGGAAGGAUGGGGUGAUGAUGCGGAUCUCCUCCUUGAUGAAGAUGGUGGAUUUGGUGGUGGCGAGGGUCUUGAUGAUGAGGACCUGGUUGGCAAGGCUGAUGAUGGCGGUGGAUGGGACGUGGGUGAUGAGGACCUUGAGCUGCCCGCUGAUCUGGAUGUUGGUCCGAUCGCUGGUGGAGAUGACGAGGGAUACUUCGUACCACCGACCAAGGGCACAAGCCAGGCCCAGAUAUGGUGUAAUAAUUCACAGCUGCCAGUCGAUCAUAUCCUGGCUGGCUCGUUUGAGACAGCCAUGAGGCUGUUGCAUGAUCAAGUUGGUGUCGUUGCCUUUGAGCCGUAUAAACAGGUGUUCUUACAGACAUACGCUCGCAGCCGCACUGCGUACGCCAACCUGCCAUCAACGCCACCUAUGUUUGGUUAUCCUCACAGAAAUUGGCGUGAGGCUGGAGCAAAGGGUGGGAUGGCAGCAGUCGGGUUAAAACUAAACGACUUGGUUCAGCGGUUGCAGGGUGCCUACCAGAUGACCACGCAGGGCAAGUUUGUGGAGGCGGCUGAGCGCUUCCGCUCCAUCCUGCUCACCAUUCCUCUCCUCGUCGUACAAAACAAACAGGAAAUCGCUGAGGCCCAACAACUUCUCGAGAUUUGUCGUGAAUAUAUAGUUGGUUUGAGUAUGGAGUUAACACGGAAGGACAUGCCCAAGUCAACUCUUGAUGAACAAAAACGCAUAUGUGAGAUGGCAGCCUACUUCACACAUUGUAAUCUCCAGUCAGUUCAUCUCAUCCUGACUUUGAGGACAGCUCUCAAUCUCUUCUUUAAACUAAAGAAUUAUAAGACAGCGGCAUCAUUUGCCAGACGUCUUCUUGAAUGUGGACCGAGACCAGAAGUUGCUACACAGACGCGUAAGAUCCUGCAGGCUUGUGAGAAGAACCCGUCGGACGCCCAUGAGCUCAAGUACGACCAACACAAUCCAUUUGAUAUCUGUGCCGCAUCAUUCACACCGAUUUACAAGGGUAAACCAGUGGUGAAGUGUCCGCUAAGUCAGGCCUGCUAUCAUCCGCAGUACAAGGGCGAGGUGUGCCGCGUAUCUAAAGUCACCGAGAUCGGCAAGGACUGUAUAGGCCUCAGGAUUAGCCAGAUCCAGUUCAGAUAGACACUCACUUUAAAUAUUUGUCCCUUGGACUUUAUGCACCUCAUGAUAAAUCUGAUCCAAUCUGGUGACUUACUUGGAAGAUGCGUCCUGUAAUAAUGGAGUGUCAGCUGGAAAGAAGAUUUUCUUCUUGUUCACAAGCAUUUUGACAAAAUAUAUUUGUGUAAGUGAUGACAUGAGCAGUGAUAUUUCUAUAUUUGAUUAUUGGUAAGACGUGAUGAAGUUUGUUGAUGCAAUCUAGCUGCUGCUUGCUUCCCCUAAUUAUGGUGUGUUCAGGUGAAGCCACUCUCGGACGAACCACGUGCUGGAGAUUGGUUUUGUUAGCUGCAAAGAUGUUGAGAUGCCAAGAUCACAUUUAGCCGAUCCUGGCUGAGCAUGUGUUCCUUAUCAACACACACAGGUGAGCUUGUGCUUGGAGCUGAUCCUGGCUGAGCACGUGUUCCUUAUCAACACACACAGGUGAGCUUGUGCUUGGAGCUGAUCCUGGCUGAGCACGUGUUCCUUAUCAACACACACAGGUGAGCUUGUGCUUGGAGCUGAUCCUGGCUGAGCACGUGUUCCUUAUCAACACUCACAGGUGAGCUUGUGCUUGGAGCUGAUCCUGGCUGAGCACGUGUUCCUUAUCAACAUGCACAGGUGAGCUUGUGCUUGGAGCUGAUCCUGGCUGAGCACGUGUUCCUUAUCAACACUCACAGGUGAGCUUGUGCUUGGAGCUGAUCCUGGCUGAGCACGUGUUCCUUAUCAACAUGCACAGGUGAGCUUGUGCUUGGAGCUGAUCCUGGCUGAGCACGUGUUCCUUAUCAACAUUCACAGGUGAGCUUGUGCUUGGAGCCGAUCCUGGCUGAGCACGUGUUCCUUAUCAACACUCACAGGUGAGCUUGUGCUUGGAAGAAUAUCACUGCCAGCUCGUUGACAGGUGUAUCUUUUCUGAAGAUGCUGAUACAUGUGAUCUAUUACUGUCAAAAAGAUGAAGGUUGUGACUUAAUCUGUUGUGACCUGCUUGUCUCUGGGGGCUUACUGAAUGUAGUUCAUGAUAUAUCCUUGACACAGAGAUGUUUUGUAGGAAUAUCUUGUAAAAAGGGGAUCAUGCUAUCAUAUAAUUAUUUCCCAUUAACCAUGUGAGCACUCAUUUGGCCAUGUUCUACAUGUGUUUGUAUUCAAAAACCUUGUUGACAUUUUUAACCCUUAGAGGACAUGUGGUUUCCUCCCUCGUCUAUUUGAGCAAGACCAAAUUAAUGGCCUUUUUUUUGCGACCAAUAUUAAGGUAUGAAUUCUUAUUUAUAGAUUGCUAUUUAUGCAAGAAAGACUCCUCGGUUUCUGAGUAGUUCAGUGCCUGUUAAUCUCGUUGUUGUACAUUACUAUGUUUUUACCAGUGACCUUCAUAAACGAUGACGCAACACGCAUUAAUUGGCUCAACAUAACAGCGUCACGCUAAUGCAAAAUGUCAUGUUCCUUGCAUUUCAUAAGGAUUACUGAUCAAUCCAGACAGCGAUUGCAGCGCCCACGUGACACAGCUUGCUCAUUUCUGUCAUCACAAUGAUGGUUUAUAUUGUUGACGCGGUAACUUUGUCCUCGAAGGAAUGAAGUGUACGCUAGAUGCCACAUGUAAAUGCCAGUUCAUUGGUGUGAAUCACUUCAUUAUCAAAUUAUCAUAACGUGUAAUAAAGUUAUUUAUGCUUAUUUACUGGAAAACAUCAGAAA